AUACAAAAAGUAGAAGCUGUCGUUUAAUCAAUUCAUUUAAUUGGCUAGAUAAUCGUGUAAAGAAAGUUUAACAUCAGUUUCUGUUAAAAUGGAGCCAAUACUGUUAAUUCACGGCGGGGCUGGAGAUAUUCCUGAUUCUAGAAAUGAAGGCAAAAUUCAAGGGCUUAGAAAGUCUAUGGAAAUUGGAUUUAAAAUCUUAAAAGAGGGCGGUAGUGCUUUGGAUGCUGUUGAGCAGGCUGUAAUAUAUAUGGAGGAUGAUGCAAAUUUCAACGCAGGAUACGGAUCAGUAUUAAAUUUAUCUGGAGAAGUGGAAAUGGACGCUAGUAUUAUGGAAGGAUCUACUCUUAAUGCAGGAGGUGUAACAGUUGUAAAAGAUAUCAAACAUCCAAUAAGUUUAGCUCGCAUAGUUAUGGAACAAACACCUCAUGUUUUACUAGCAGCAGAGGGAGCUUCUAAAUUCGCCAAAUCACUUGGCUUUCCAACCACUGAUCCAAGAAGUUUAGUUAGCCCAGAUGCUAAAAAAGCUCUAGAAGAAUUUAGACGCAAGGGAGGAGAUCUCACUGAAAUUGGUCAUAAGAAUCCAGGAGAUGUCGGUACCGUUGGUGCAGUAGCCCUGGAUUGUCAGGGCAAUUUAGCUGCAGCCACUUCUACAGGAGGCAUUAAUGGAAAAAUGGUUGGACGAUGUAGUGAUACUAGCCUAAUAGGUAGUGGUACUUACGCCGAUAAUGAUUUUGGAGCAGUUUCUACUACUGGCCAUGGAGACACUAUCAUUAAAUAUUGCUUAGCUAUUGCCAUAAUAAAGGAUAUAGAAAAUGGCAAAUCCGCUCAAGCAGCAACCGAAAAUAAUUUGAAAAGAAUGACUAAACGUUUGAAUAAUACUGCGGGAGCCAUAACCCUUUCCAAAAAUGGUGAACCUGGGAUCUAUUUUACUUCUAAAAAAAUGGCGUGGAUGUAUCAAAAGGGCAAUGAACUGCAUUAUGGCAUCAAUGCAAAUGAGCAUAAAACUGAAAUAUUAAAAUAAAUUUUUAUAUAAUAAAUUAGUGGUAUAUU